AUGCAAUGGUCCUUCAUUAACUUGUGUCACAAGUGGAAGCUUCAGAUGAGGUUAUCAUCAGAGAUGGAUGACAAAUCGUUUGCCUUCGGCUGCGUUGGGAGAUGUUCCUCCUCAAGCACCUGCCGAGCCACCAAUGUUCUUUUUGCCCAGAGAAAAUGCACCUAUUACACCUUUGAAGAUUUAGAAAAUCUGUCUGGCUUUGAUGAUGUCCUGUAUCGCAAGACUUACCCGCCAUCCCCCGUGUGUCAGAAUGGAGGCACCUGGUCAGAUACUACCAAAACAUCCUGUGACUGUCCUGUCAGCUUUACUGGUACAUAUUGUGAACGCUACUGGGAUGAUUGUUCUGAGGGAUUCAAGAUGGGUAUAUCAUCAGAUGGAGUUUAUACCAUUCAACCAAGACCGUAUGGAACCCCUUUCCAAGUCCACUGUAAAAUGAAGUACGGUGGACGCACAUCUGUCCAGAAGCAGGUGUCUGGCGACAUCGACUUCUACAGGACCUGGCAGGAGUACAGAGACGGGUUCGGGACUCCUGGGGGAGAUCACUGGUUGGGUUUGGAAAAGAUGAAAGCCAUCAGUGACAAGACCCCAAGCAAAAUGAUUCUAAGGUUAACCUAUAAAACGGACAAAUCUCCAACAUGGAAAAAUAUUAUUUACAACUAUUUUAAUCUGUCAGACGAGCUAAAUGGUUUCCGGUUUGAUUUUAUUAGCACUAAAGUACCAUCACAGAAGAAUGCAUUCAGCGAGGCCAUGACUGAUCUGAAAGGAGCCAGGUUCAGCACCAAGGACAGAGACAAUGAUGAAGACCCUGCUGGAAGCUGCUCCCAGACACAUCACUCUGGUUGGUGGUUCAGAAACUGCACCUUGUGUAACCCUAACGGUCAGCUUAAGCCAAUUCCCAACACAGCCAGUGAUCCUGAUGACGUUUUCUGCGGUGGAGAUACAAGGGGUGUGAAAGAGACGUCUAUUUCUAUAGGUGCACACUAA